AUGAAGGGCGCCCAGGGGUUUUGGCUUCGAGAGCAGCGGGCAGCAGCUGCAAGGGGAGCCAAGAGCAGGGUAGUUGCAGAGCAUGGGGAGAUUGCAAAGUACUGGCCGGAUGCUCCCCGCCCGAAGCCCAACGAGCCGCUGGAUCCAGGGCGGCCGCCGGAUGUCCGGCCAGGUCCCACACCGGCACGGGCCCCAACACGAACGGUGCAGCCAGCAGCAUCAUCCAGCCAGUCAGCCUCGAACGGUUCCUUGGAGGAGGUUCCAAAGAUUUCGGCAGAAGACCAGGCAAUCCUAGACCGUUUCGCUCAAAGCGACGAAAUCAAGACGCUGCGCAGACAGAUUCGGCAGGACAUGACUGCUUUGGAGAAUUUUUUGCAGGAGAUGACCCAGAAAGAUCCUGAGCUCAUGAAGGCCAUCGCCACCAAUCAGAAGACCUUCCUAAAGAUGGUGACCCACGGUCUGGCAGAAGAGGCCCGGAGCGCGACAAAAUUGGAAGAGGAGCAGCCGCAGCCAGAGCCCUCCGAACUUCGUGCUGCCCUGAAGCAGAAGGAGGCUAAGAAGCAGCUGCGUACUCAAAAAGCCUUGCAGCCUAGCACCUCCAGCCUGCAUACCCUUGCCUUACUCCACAGCCCCUAUAGCUGCGCCGUGUGCAAAGCCACGUCAGCAACAGCCGAGCUCUUCCUUUGUAGUUCCUGCGGCUGCGUGCGAUUCUGCAGCCGUGAGUGCCAGAGGCGCUUCUGGCCGAGGCAUCAGACAGUUUCUUGGAAGCUGGGUGGGGUUUAA